AUGGCAUUCUCCAGCGUACGCACAGCUCGUGCGACCGUGUCUCUAGCGCGCUCUUUCAGCUCUUCGGCGAGCAGCUCUGCGGAAGCGCCCGCAGCAUCCGCCUCGAAACGUCCUGUCACUCGUCGACAACCCCUUCGGGAGUUUAACAUGAGCGGACUGGACGAGUUCCAGUUUGACGAUGCUACAUCACUGGGGUUCAUGCGUCUGGAGAAGAUCCGGGAGGCGCAGGAAAUCAUACGGCGAGUCGAAGUCGAUCGGCCAAGCUUGCAAGCUCAACGUAAACCCUUCACACCUCCCUCUGCCCCUAUUCGGAUAUCUCAAACCAUCGACCUCUCAAAUCCACAAUCACUCGUACAUCGCAAGCGCGUACUUCUCGCUCCGGUAGCGAAGCUACCAUUAUCUGGACCGGAGGCGAUCCACCGCUUCAAAUUGCUUGCUGGUCCACGAUGGACAAUAGGCAGGCCAGGGCGGAUGGAGGUGACUGAAGAGGACGGCGAGGGGAAGGAGGGAUGGAUCAAGAUCAGCGAGGAGAAGUUUCCGGAUGGACUCAUGAACCGGAAGUCGGCGGGAGAUAUGCUGGAGCGGCUAUUGGCAGCUGCAAAUGACGCAAACUCCCCAUUGCCAGCCGACACCCCCUUGGACCCUCGCCCACUCCUCGCUCGCCAGCGCAAGCGGGCUGAUCGCAGCGCCCUCCGUCAAGCUCAGCGAUCUGGAAGCGGCAGGGUGGAGUCUGUGGGCAACGUUCCUGGAUUUCCCAAGGAAUGGCUGCAGGGGGAUCGGAAAGUGGUAAAGGAUGAGGCCAAGCAAUAG